AUGGUUGUUGUCACCAUAGCAAAGCGCUACAUGUUUGUGUGGUUACCCGAGUGCUUCCCACCACUGUUUGAAUCCUCCUCUUUAGACACAAUGCUGUGCAAGUUUGACAAGUGGACAGAUGGUCAGAAGAGGAGGAUCCUGGUGGACCUGUUGGAACGCUGCUCCCUUUCACAGCAGAAAUUCUGUGCCAAGCACCUACAGGAUCGAGUCCCCACCGAGGCUUUAGAUUUUACCACAAGGCUCCCUAGAGUCCUGUCUUUAUACAUCUUUUCCUUCCUGGACCCACGGAGUCUCUGUCGAUGUGCACAGGUGAGCUGGUACUGGAAGUACCUGUCUGAACUGGAUCAGCUCUGGAUGCUGAAAUGCCUGCGUUUUGGCUGGUACAUCAACUUCUCUCCAACACCUUUUGAGCAAGGAAUUUGGAAGAAACAUUACAUUGAGAUGGUGAAAGAGCUGCAUGUCACGAGACCAAAGACUCCUUCAAAGGAUGAGUUUGUAGUUAUCGAUGUACAACCGGUAAGAAGCGACACCCCAGAGGCAAAACUUUCUGUGCCAGGAAGGAGAACAAACAAGGAGAAGAAAGAGCUCCCACCAUGGCGUUCAGCAGACAGGCAUCCCACAGACACCAUCCGCUUCAACUACCUCGACAACGACCAUCCCAUCGAGCAGGCGAGGCAGGCGUAA